GGAAAAGGGGCGGUAUCUUCAAAUUGAUUGGUGGCUGGUGGCAUAUAUACCGUACGACCUCGCGCGUGUUUAGCUAGUUGUUCAUACCGGGGUUGAACAUGGCCGAGAUGGAGACGCAAAACACUGGGGCGGAGGACGGCUUUACCCCAGUCACGCGCAGAGGAGGCCGCCGGGCGAAGAAGCGACAGGCUGAGCAGUCGUCAGCGGCGGGACCGGAUGGCGACGCCGGACGUAUGGACACGGAGGAGGCGCGGCCGGAGAAGAGGCCGGUUUUCCCACCGCUCUCGGGCGAUCAGCUCCUGAGUGGGAAAGAAGAAACGCGAAAAAUUCCCGUCCCGGCUAACAGAUACACACCGUUGAAAGAAAACUGGAUGAAGAUAUUUACUCCGAUUGUAGAACAUUUGGGACUUCAGAUACGCUUUAACCUGAAAUCAAGGGAUGUAGAAAUUAGGACAUGUAAAGACACCAAGGAUGUCAGUGCCCUGACAAAAGCCGCUGACUUUGUGAAAGCCUUUGUUCUUGGCUUUCAGGUGGAGGAUGCGCUUGCCCUUAUCCGGCUGGAUGACCUCUUCCUAGAGUCUUUUGAAAUAACUGACGUCAAACCCCUAAAAGGAGACCACCUGUCAAGGGCAAUAGGAAGAAUUGCUGGUAAAGGAGGAAAAACCAAAUUUACCAUAGAGAAUGUAACACGGACACGGAUUGUUUUGGCAGAUGUGAAAGUUCACAUACUUGGCUCUUUCCAAAACAUCAAGAUGGCAAGAACAGCCAUUUGCAACCUCAUCCUAGGAAACCCUCCAUCAAAGGUGUAUGGCAAUAUCCGAGCUGUGGCCAGCAGAUCAGCAGAUCGGUUCUGAGUUUCCCUGGACCCUUGAUGAAACCAUGGGAGGAGUUCCCAGACACCUAAAGCUCAGGUUCCUUCUCAGCUCUCACCAGAGCAAACGCAGAAGAGGAAGGUUAAACAGGACUUACACUCAACUGCUUCUAGGAUAAUUUAAAUAUGAUGUAAUACUGAAAAAUACAGCAAUUUAUACUUAAUGUAUAAGUAAACUACACUGCCUGUCAUUUAGAGGCUAAGUUGCAACUUUUUGGUUAUAGAUUUGCAGAUAAUUUUAUAAACUUAUAUAAAACUGAAAUUUUUAAUUAAAAAUGAAUCACAGUUCUUGGUACUGGGCACUGUGACUAUUUCAGGGUUAGGUCAUGGCAGUAACUUGUACUAUUGGAGUGUAUGUGCUCAUCUUUGCACUUCCUGUACAAUUUAUAAAUAAAAUGAAAGCCCUGCUUCACAA